GAAGCGGAAGUUGCCGUUGCCAUGGCGGCGUUUGCGGCCUAGGCCGGGCCUGGUGCCACGCUCCCCGGGAUCCCCGAGAGCCGCCGGGAUGACGCAGGCGGAGCUGCGGCUCUGCUCCCUGCUGCUCCAGGAGCACUUCGGGGAGAUCGUGGAGAAAGUCGGGACUUCGCUGCUCCGGACGGGCCCGCGGCCGCUGCGGCUCCUGGUGGGGGACACGGGGCUGCUCCCGGGUCAGGUGAAGAAGGCGCUGUGUGUGCUGCUCCAGCACGACCUGGCGCGCUUCGAGGCGCAGCCCCGCGGGCCGGUGGAGUACGAGGCGCGGGGCCGGCGCAUCCUGCGGAUCCUGCGCUACCCCCGCUACAUCUACACGGCCAAGACGCUCUACGGGGACCCCGGGGAGCUGCUGGUGGAGGAGCUGCUGCUCCACGGCCACCUGGCCAUGAGCUGCGCCGUCGCCAGGGUGGCCGACCGCCUCACCGACACCAUGGAAGACGGGAAAUGCAUGGAUUACUCCGAGGUGUGCAGCACGUUCGCCCGCCUGGCAGACACCCACUUCAUCCGGAGGUGCCCCAUGGUCCCCGAGAGCCCCCCGGGCGCUGAGGGGGGGGCACCACAGCCCCCCGCGCCCGCCCUGGCCGUCGCCGACAGGGACAUGUACGCCGUGCCCCGCCUCAGCCUGGCCGGGAAAGGGAAGAGGAGCCGCUCGUGCGACGAGGAGGAGGAGGAGGACGGGCAGCGCAAGGCCAAGAGGCAGAGGCAGGAGGAGGGAGGAAGCUCGGAGCCCCCGCCGGACGACGGCAUUUACUGGCAGGUGAACCUGGAGCGCUUCCACCAGCACUUCCGUGACCAGGCUGUGGUCAGCGCCGUGGGCAGCCGCAUGGACCAGACCAGCAGCGAGGUGGUGCGGACGAUGCUGCGCAUGAGCGAGGUGACCACGGCCUCGGGCGCCUCCCACACCCAGCCCCUCUCCUCCAACGAGAUAUUCCGGGCUCUUCCUGCCGGCUACAACAUCGGGAAGCAGGUGCUGGACCAGUACCUGGCGCUCCUGGCCGAUGAUCCGCUGGAAUUCGUGGGGAAGUCGGGGGACAGCGGUGGGGGCACCUACACCGUCAACCUGCACAAGGCCCUGGCGUCCCUGGCCACGGCCACGCUGGAGUCCAUCGUGGAGGAGAGGUUCGGCUCCCGCUGCGCCCGGAUAUUCCGCCUGCUCCUGCGCAAGAAGCACCUGGAGCAGAAGCAGGUGGAGGAUUUCGCCAUGAUCCCGGCCAAGGAGGCCAAGGACAUGCUCUACAGGAUGCUCUCGGAGAACCUGGUGUCCCUGCAGGAGAUUCCCAAGACCCCGGACCACGCCCCGUCCCGCACCUUCUACCUGUACACGGUGAACGUGGCGGCGGCCACUCGGAUGCUGCUGCACAGGUGCUACAAGAGCGUCGCCAACCUGAUGGAGCGCCGGCAGCACGAGACGCGGGAGAACAAGAGGCUCCUGGAGAAGUCCCAGCGGGUGGAGGCCAUCCUGGCCUCCAUGCAGGCCACGGGUGCCGAGGCGGCGCAGCUGCGCGAGGUGGAGGAGAUGAUCACCGGCCCCGAGAGGCAGCAGCUGGAGAGCCUCAAGCGCAGCGUCAACAAGAUCGACGCCAGCGAGAACCAGGUGGAUGAGACCAUCUUCGUGCUGGAGUCGUUCAUCGAGAGCACCGUGAAGAGACCCUGAGGGGAUGGGACAGGGACAGG